UCUCCUAGCCAGCGCCUUUUCCAGAGAGCGGGCAGUGGUCUCUUGUUUUUGUUGUGUCUAAGCGUGCAAGUGGAAAAACAGGCCAUGGACCCUUAAAAGUUGCAAAUUUUGGAUCGUCUUUCACAUCUCUAACCACAAUGGCCAAAGCAAGUGUUAAAUUUAACUGAGUCAAUUGAAUCAGUUGAUUUCUGAAAUGGCGCCGACUCCUGCACCAUCAGGGUCAACAGACCCCCAGACCCAAAUGAACACCUAUCGGUCAUUCGUCACCAUGCUUGGUGAUCCGAAAGCAAAAGAAGAAAUCAAACUCAAAGCUGCACAGGAACUUAGUGAGAACUUUGAGGUUAUUAUUACUUCAUCUCAAUAUCCAACAUUUUUGGAUCACACAUUACCUAUUUUUAUUAAGAUUCUUCAAGAAGGAGAACCACAUUUUAUUGCAGAGUACAAUAUACAGCAAAUCCGAAAACUUUUGUUGGAAAUGAUUCAUAGAUUGCCUACAAGUGACCAUCAAAGAGAACAUUUACGACAUCAUCUUGACUCCAUUAUCAAGCUCAUGUUGGAUCUCAUGAAAGUUGAUAAUGAAGAGAAUGUCCUAGUGUGCUUACGUAUUAUCAUAGAGCUGCACAAACAGUUUCGCCCUGCCUUCAAUCCUGAGAUUCAGAGAUUCCUCUCAUUCGUGAAAAACAUCUACAAGCAACUUCCAAAUCAUUUAAACAAGAUAUUUGAAGCUCCUCGUCCCAUGCGAGUCAAGGACAUUAAUGAAAUAAAUCUGAAUAAUCUCCUCUGUGAAACAUUCACUGCUACUACAAUUCAAAGUGAAAAGAAAUCUCCUGAUGGUUCUAGUGUAUCUUACAAUUUAAUACCAAAAGCUAUUCUUUCAUUAAAAGUUCUCCAAGAACUUCCAAUCAUUGUUGUGAUAAUGUAUCAGCUAUACAAACAAGCUGUUCAUCAAGAUGUAGCAGAUUUUAUUCCACUUAUCAUGCGAACCAUCACUUUACAGCCCACUCCUCAAGUCAAGGAGAGUAGCAAUUUCAACAAAGAGGUUUUUGUUGAUUUCAUGGGAGCACAGAUCAAGACAUUGUCCUUCUUAGCAUACAUGGCCCGCAUAUAUCAGACUGAGGUCACAAAAGAGGCUCCUUUGUUGGUGAAGGGAAUGUUGGGUCUCCUCUCCCUGUGUCCAAUGGAAGUAGCGUAUCUCAGGAGGGAUCUCCUCAUUGCUGCUCGGCACAUUCUUAAUACUGACUUGCGCCUUGAGUUUGUACCAGUCAUGGAUAAACUAUAUGAUGAAAAUAUCCUACUUGGCCGUGGAUGGACAACUUAUGAAUCUCUCAGACCUCUGGCCAACAGUGUACUAGCUGAUGUGGUCCACCAUGUUCGUCAGCGCCUCUCUUUGGUUGAUUUGGCUAAAGCUGUGCAUAUUUUCUCAAUGAAUGUGCAUGAUGAGACACUUCCUGUUUCCAUUCAAACCAUGUCCUGCAAGUUAUUAUUAAAUUUGGUGGAUUGCAUUCGCCUUCGAGGUGAUGCAGACAACCAAAGUGCCACAUCACGUGAGCUUCUAAUGAGGAUGCUUGAAGUUUUUGUUUUAAAGUUCAAGACAAUUGCCAAACAGCAGCUGCCUGUUCUAACACGCAAUAAUUCUGCUGCCAUCAAAGCCAAUCCUCUUCAACAAUCACAAGGCAUGAUAGGAAUUGUUCAAAGUCAGGGCUUGCAGGCACCUGGCACACCAACCCGCCCUCCAGCCCCAUCAACUCCAGGAACCCCAACACCUUCACCAGGAGUUGAUGUGAAGCCAGUGGUCCAUCCUCUGAUCAACAUACCAGAUGUUGCAAGACCAAUCAUAAAGCCUGAUCCAGAGAAAGACAAAACUAAAUUUGGAUUCCCUGCUUCUCAGGCUAACUCUUAUACGGUUGCAGAUUGUCGUAGUCUGGUAAAAACAUUGGUUGGAGGAGUGAAAACAGUUACUUAUGGUUGUGCAGUUCCUAGGGCUGGUGUGGCCCCAGAUGCCACUACUCCACGACCUUUCUUACCAUUCCAGCCCAAAGAGACUCUUCUUUUCAUUCGACUGGUAAAGUGGGCAUUGCAAGCACUUGAUGUUUAUACUUUGCCUCUAGCCCCUGGUAUGGCUGCUGUCCCAGCCGGUGUGCAGCGUCCUAUAAAUGUACCAAAUGUACGGACUAAGGAGGAGAAGGAAGUGCUGGAGCACUUUGCUGGAGUGUUCUCCAUGAUGCAUUCUCAAACGUUCCAAGAGAUCUUCUCAAAUACAAUUGAUUACAUGGUUGAUCGCAUCUACAACAAUUUUGCAUUGCAAAUUAUAGGCAAUUCAUUUCUUGCUAAUCCUAAUACAUCACCAAUUUUUGCAACUGUUCUUGUUGAGUACUUACUACAACAUAUGGCAGAAAUGGGCAGCACAGUUGAGAGAUCAAGUCUCUAUCUGCGUCUCUUCAAACUUGUUUUUGGUUCUGUUUCACUUUUCCCUCAGCAAAAUGAACAUAUGUUGAAGCCCCAUUUGCAUCAAAUUGUCAAUAGGUCUAUGGAACUAGCAAUGACUGCCAAAGACCCCUACAAUUAUUUCCUUUUAUUGAGAGCUCUAUUUCGAUCCAUUGGAGGAGGCAGCCAUGACUUGCUGUAUCAAGAAUUCCUUCCACUAUUGCCAGAUCUCCUUCAGGGUUUGAACUCCCUUCAGUCUUCACAUCACAAGCAGCAUAUGAAAGACUUAUUUGUUGAACUGUGCCUCACAGUUCCAGUACGACUUAGUUCGCUGCUGCCCUACCUUCCUAAGUUAAUGGAUCCACUAGUAUCUGCCCUGAAUGGUUCCCCAACACUUAUCAGUCAGGGUUUGCGUACUUUGGAGCUUUGUGUGGAUAAUUUACAACCAGACUUUUUGUAUGAACAUAUACAACCAGUAAGAGCUGAUCUUAUGCAAGCUCUUUGGAGGACUGUGCGCAACCCCACUGACAAUGUUGCCAACGUCGCUUUUCGAGUGUUGGGCAAAUUUGGCGGUGGUAAUCGGAAGAUGAUGACUGAGCCCCAGAAGCUGGAGUUCAGUACUCGGGAUUCUCCAGGACCUGCCAUUGUGGCCAGUUUUCCAGAUUACAGCAAGCAUAUUGAGAUUCCUGUAGAAAAGGUCAUUGAAUCUGCAUUAGCUGCUUUGAAGCACUCAAACACAGACUCAUUUUACCGAAGAUUGUCAUGGGAUGUCAUACGCUGCUUUUUAGUUGCCAGUCUCCAUUUAGAUGAUGAUUUGCAAUCAAUGCUGACACUAUUCUCUCAUCCAGGGUUCAAAGAGAAGCCCAUUGUUACCAACCAAGGUCCACCGUAUAAAAUGGCUGAUCAGCAAACAAGGCAGAUUUAUCAAACCGCUUUAACAGGAAUGUUUGUGGCUGCUGCUAUCAAGGAACUUAGAAAGGAUGUUUUACCAACGAUGGUUUCUCUUGUGCGCCACUGCACUUUGGUGUCAAUUGCUCAAACAGCUGGACCAUCUGGUACUCCUGAAGGUACUCCUGGAGUCACAAACACAAGUGGAUGGGGUAAAGAAGGAAUGGAUGCCAUGGUACUCCUGGAUGCCCUGGCUGUCAUCAUGGGCCAUGAAGAGAAAGAACUGUGCAAACCUGGUCGUUUAGCCUUGGUUCUUAUCUUACAGACAGCAUUCAACAUACUAGGAUCUAAAGAAAGGGCCUGCCGUCUUCCCAUGAUGGAAUACUUAGCAGAACGCAUGUGCUCUCUUUGCUAUGAUCGAGCUUGGUAUGCCAAACUUGGUGGUUGCAUUGCUAUCAAGUUUCUGGUUGAGAGAAUGGCACUUCGUUGGGUCUUUGAACAUCUUUUCCAGUUCGUCAAAGCACAGCUGUUUGUCAUGAUGGAUUUGACUGGAGAGGUUUCUACUGGAGCAAUUGAUAUGGCUAAGUCCAAUCUUGAAAAGAUGUUGGCACAAUGUGCAAAGCCUGUAGAGCCAGACGGAACGAAUGAAGAAUUAAUAAAUGCUCAAAGAAAAAGUGUUUUGGAAGUUACCUACGAACUUGUUCGUCAGGUUACGUGCCCAACAGACUCUUUGCGAGAAGAGAGCAUGACUUUGCUUAAGAUAUUAGCAGAAGCCCAAGGAAAAUCUGUCGUUGAAGUUAUGGAUCCCCACAAAGAAGUGCUAGCUGACAUGAUUCCACCUAAGAAGCAUCUUUUGCGUCAUCAAGCAGCCAAUGCCCAAGUGGGCCUUAUGGAAGGAAAUACUUUCUGCACCACUCUAAGCCCACGCUUAUUCACGAUAGACUUGAGCAUUGUAGAGCACAAGGUUUUCUUUCAUGAAGUCAUGGCACUUUGUGAAGUUGAAGAUGUUCAGCUUCAAAAGUGCCCUUGCUACAAAAAUGUUAACAAUCUUGCGCCACUUCGACGUGCUGCUCUACGUGCAUUAGCAGCAUGCCAUUACAUUGAGGAAAAAAGGGAGAAAAUAUUCAAUGCUCUUUUCAAAGCCUUGGAUUGGCCUCAACCUGAAUUGCAAGAUGCAGCUUUUCAAUGCAUGCAAAGCUUUGUUAAAGGAUUCCAAGUUAACAUGGAAAUGGUACAUGAUGUCAUGCGCCCUCUUCUGAUGUCCCUGAAAGAUUCUAGACAACUGACUCUACGAGGCUUGCGUAAACUCCUGUAUUUAGUGAAACUUUUCCCAUCAAGCUUUAAGGAAACAUUGACGGAGAAACUUCUUUUCCAUCUUCACUCAUUGUUUGAGACUUUAGCUGCUGGCAAUCGAAGUGGGGAAGUAAAAGCUUUGUCAAAAGAUGGGGAAACAGAACAGAAGGCUAUUACUAUCAUGGGUAUCAUUGAGUGUAUUCCGACAAGUGAGGGUCCUCAAUCUAGACUUGUUUCUCAGAUUGUGAAACUUGUAUUACACCUUGAGAAGCAAGUCAACAUGGAGCCUGCCUCACCUUUCCGUGAGCCUCUCAUGCAAGUUCUUUUACGAUUUGCUAAAGUUGCAACUGAUGUCUUUCUGAGUGAUGACUUUAUGAAGGAUCGUCAGAGGAGUCGGUACUUGGAAUAUUUAAUCAAACACCCUGAAGGCAAACCAUUCCAACAGUAUUUGCAAAAUAACUCCCAGAGACUCCAAGAGCUCUGUCUGGGACGUUCUCAGGUAUCAGUGCAGGCAGCUGUUGCUGGACAAGCUCCUACAGCAACUCUUUCAGCUUUAGAUAAAUCUGAACUGCGGUAUCAAAGCAUCAGGAUAACUGCCUUAUUGAUGAAGCAAGAUAACCAGUGGCUUGCCACUCAGCAAGCCCUGAUUGACACCUACCAAAGAAUUUGGUGCAGUGAUGACUAUUUGGAAACACACAGGUCUAUUGAUGGAGUAGAUGCCUUGCACUGGAAAGAGCCCAAACUCCUCUGCAAAAUACUUUUACACUACUUUGGUCAUCAUCCAAAUGACAUCAGUCUGCUUUUCCAUCUGCUACGGGCAACAACAGCUCGUUACCUACCCGACUUUCAGUUUCUUCGAGAUUUCCUUGAAAAUACAGUUGCUCAAAGUUACACUGUGGAUUGGAAGCGAUCAGCAUUCUUUAAAUUUGUAGAGAUAUUCCCUCAACCAAAUUUGUCUCCUGAACUCAAGAGUAAAAUUCUUCAACUCAUCCUCAUUCCAUGCUUUGCUGUUAGUUUUGAUAGAGGAGAAGGUGACAAAUUGGUGGGAAGUACUCCAACUCCUGAGCAAGACCACCCUGAUAACAUAGUCUCAGUCUUCAUAACCAAGGUAAUUGACCCUGAAAAUGCAGCUAAUUCCUCAGACUGUGUGAGAAUAUUGCUUCUCCAGUUGUCAUGUUUACUGGUGGAACAAGCAUCAGCUCAUAUUCAUGAUGCUGGGAACAAAAGACAAGGAGCCAGACUGCGUCGCCUCAUGACAUUUGCAUGGCCUUGUCUUCUGGGCAAGAGUUGUGUUGACCCUGCCACUCGGUAUCAUGGUCACCUUCUCCUGUCCCACAUUAUAGCUCGUUUUGCUAUUCACAAGCGAAUUGUUCUGCAAGUUUUUCACAGUUUACUGAAAGCUCAUGCAGUCGAAGCCAGAUCAGUUGUUCGACAAGCCCUAGAAAUCCUUACACCUGCUAUGCCUGUUCGAAUGGAGGAUGGUAAUACUAUGCUUACCCAUUGGACCAAGAAAAUAAUUGUUGAGGAGGGUCACUCUCUACAGCAACUUUAUCAUAUACUUCAACUGGUUGUACGCCACUACAAGGUGUACUACCCUGUUCGCCAUGCGUUAGUUCAGAACAUGGGCGACUCAAUUCAGAGACUUGGUCUCAAUCCCACUGCAACUUUUGAUCAGCGCAAGCUUGCUGUAGACUUGGCUGAAGUUAUAAUAAAAUGGGAGUUGCAGAGAAUAAAAGAGGAGGCUGAAGCUCAGGAUCAGAAUGUACUGGCUGGAGUUGUGAAACGACUGUCCACAGAAGAUCCCAAUGAAGCGAACCGCAAACGGCUAGCUUUGGGAAAUGGCAGCACUCCCACAGCAGCUGUUCCAACUGGGGCAGAAGGAGCCAGUCCGGCUCAAAGUACGGCAGAGCCUGGCAGCACAAAGCCCAUUGACAGGCAACAUGCAGAUGCUGUUAUAAAUUUCCUCCUCCGCUUGGCCUGCCAAGUCUGUUCUCCCACGGAGUCGGCCGCCGCGGCCGCUGCGUCCGCUGCGGCGAACAGUGCGGCUGUGGGAGGCACCCCAGGAGAACAACUGUCAAGGCGAUGUGUGAACCUCAUCAAGGCUGCUCUCAAGCCAGACAUGUGGCCCCACGAGUGUGACCUGAAACUUGGCUGGUUUGACAAAGUCUUGUGCACUCUGGAGAGUCCAAACCCUCAUUUUGGAAACAUAUGCACUGCCUUGGAGCUUCUGACAUUCUUGGUAUCUGUCAUGACUAAGCAACAAAUUCUGAAUGCUUUUAAAUCUUUGUCCAAGGGCUUGUUCCUUUGCAUCACCUCUACAAACACAAGUGUUAUUCGUCUCAUUCAUGGUUUGCUGGUGCGGCUCAUGAACAUCUUCCCCACAGAACCAGCCACAUCACAUUCUGCCUCAAAAUAUGAAGAAUUGGAGUUCCUUUACACAAAUAUUGAAAGGGUUGUUUUCGACGGUCUAGGUAACUAUGAAAAGACCGGGGAGACUAGUCCUUUAUUUGGCACAUUGAUGAUCUUAAAAGCAGCAUGUACCAACAACCCUGGAUACAUUGAUCGUCUUCUUGCACCAUUUUUCCGUGUCCUCCAAAAGGUGCAAAGAGAGCACCUCCAUAAUCAGCAACAAGCCAAUGCAAUGCUGAAUGAGCUGUUGAUUCUAUGCUUGGACUUGAUCAAGAAUCGAGUCCACAAGAUGAUGGACAUGCGAAAAGUUUUUGUUAAUACCCUACUUGUUGGUCUUAUUGAGCGAACAAAUGAUGCUAAAGUCAUGAAAGCUAUUUGCAAGAUGGUGGAAGAUUGGAUGAAAUGUGGAGGAAAGUCAGCAUUAGAGGCACCAAGUCCUAAAGAAACUUCUCUCCUGCUUGUUAAAAUGAUGGCCCAUGUUGAAAAGCGAUUCCCUGAAGACCGAGAACUGAAUGCUCAAUUCUUAGAGCUUGUUAUUCAAGUUUAUCGUGAUGAAAAUCUUAAACAUACUGACCUGACAACCAAACUUGAACCAGCAUUCCUGGCGGGAUUACGCUUCCCUGUGCCCAAUGUUCGUGCCAAAUUCUUUGAAGUUUUUGAUCAGUCCAUGCCCAAAUUUUUGCAUGAGCGUCUCCUCUACAUUGUGUGCAGUCAGAACUGGGAGCACAUGGGACCACAUUACUGGAUUAAACAGUGCCUGGAGCUCCUAACAACAACAGCUGUCUCUAAUGUUCGCAUUCAGCUUGCCAAUAAAAAUCACCUGUUGCCUAGUCUUACGGGAGCUGCAGCGCUUGUUUCAGCUAGUGCAUCUGGCACUGUUACCUUUGAAGGAGUUCCUUCAGUUCCAAUCAAGCAGGAACAGCCAGAUGUGUCUGAAGUUGGUUGUGAUCAAGCAGUAAGAGAUGAGGAAUUGGAUAUGGAACUGCAAAGCAAUGAAAGGGAGAGAAAAAAUGAUGCCCGAGUGCUGUUGCCUCAGCAAAUGAAGUUCCUUAUCAAGUCGAGAGAAAUGACCACGGGUCAGUUCCUGUAUGCAGCAGCUCAGUUAUGUCACAUGGAUACUGCAUUGGCCGAAAGCAUGUGGUUGGAUGUGUUUCCUCGACUUUGGUCAAUACUCUCUGACCACCAGCGGGAUGCACUUCGAACUGAAAUUGUUCCAUUUUUGGCAAGUGGAGCGCAUGUUGUCCAGAAAGACUGUCAGCCUUCUGCACUGAACACCUUCACUGAAGCCCUGGCAAGGUGUAACCCUCCUGUGCAAAUCAAACCGUCCGUCAUGCUUUAUUUGGGAAAAUCCCAUAAUUUGUGGCAUCGAAUGGCCUUGUCUCUGGAACAGAUGGCGAUUGAGGCUGGUGCAAAUGCUCAGCAUAAACUGAAAAGAGAUGCUGUUGACUGCUAUGACUUUGAGCCAGAUAACUCUCGUCAAGGGGAGAUAAUUGAUUCCUUAGCAAGUAUGUACUCAUCUCUCUGCGAAGAAGACAUGUGGGCUGGACUCUGGCAAAAGCAAGCCAAGAUUCGGGAAACAGCCACUGCUAUAGCCUAUGAACAGCAGGGUUUCUUUGAGCAAGCCCUUGGUGCCUAUGAACUAGCCAUGAAUAAAAUACGAAUGGAGUACUGCUCUGCACCGAUUCCCCCCAACAUGAACUCUGAGGUUAUGCUAUGGGACAAGCAUUGGACAAGAUGUGCCAAAGAAUUAAAUCAGUGGGAAAUGUUACUGGAGAUUGGAACUUCCAAGAUUAACCCAAAUCCAAUGCUUGUACUGGAGAGUGCGUGGAGGGUUCCUAAAAUGCCACUGAUGAAGGAAGCUCUCACACAAGUGGAGCAAAAUUUCCCAAAAGAAUAUGCAUGGAAGGUUCAUCUCUAUCGUGGCUUUGUAGCCAUCUUGCACCCUGAAGAAAAGAGAUUAACUCAAGUAGACCGGUGUGUUGAGCUAGCCACCAAUUGCUGCAUGCGCGAAUGGCGACGUCUUCCGCGCAUUGUGUCGCACAUUCAUCUUCCACUACUUCAAGCUGCCCAACAAAUCAUGGAGCUACAAGAAGCAGGCUCAAUUCAUCAGGGCCUAAAUGCUGCGCGAACUAACUCAGUCCAUGAUAUGAAAGCCAUAGUGAAAACUUGGCGCAAUCGCUUGCCAGUUAUUCAAGAUGAUCUAAGUCACUGGUCAGACAUUCUCGUAUGGCGCCAACAUCAUUACUCUAUCAUAGCAAAUCACUACGAUGCCCAAAAUGAACAAACCUCAAAUCACUCGAUGCUUGGUGUACAUGCAUCUGCUCAGGCCAUCAUUCAUUUUGGAAAGAUUGGACGGAAACAUAAUCUAACUGGUGUCUGUCUGGAUUCUUUAUCCAGAAUUUACACUAUUCCAAGUGUGCCUAUUGUAGAUUGUUUCCAAAAAAUCAGACAGCAGGUCAAAUGCUAUUUGCAAAUGGCAUCUGUGUCUGGCAAAACUGAACUUCAGGAAGGGCUGGAAGUCAUAGAAUCAACCAACUUGAAGUACUUCACAAAAGAAAUGACAGCAGAGUUCUAUGCUCUGAAGGGCAUGCUACUGGCUCAAAUUGGUCGAUCGGAUGAAGCAAACAGAGCGUUUUCUGCUGCUGUGCAGAUGCAUGAUACAUUAGUAAAAGCCUGGGCUCUCUGGGGUGACUAUUUAGAAGCCAUUUUCACUCGAGAUCCCAAGCUUAUUUCCAUUGGUAUUUCUGCUAUCAUUUGUUUCCUGCAUGCUUGUCGUCAUCAGAAUGAGUCUAAAUCAAGGAAAUACCUAGCUAAGGUUUUGUGGCUGUUGACUUAUGAUGAUGAACAGUUCUCUUUAACAUCAGCUGUAGACCAGUACUCUGUUGGAGUACCCCCAAUCCAGUGGCUUCCAUGGAUUCCCCAACUCCUUACUUGCCUUGCUCGCAAUGAAGGAAAGCAGAUACUGAAUCUUCUAUGCCAGGUUGGCAGGAUGUUCCCCCAAGCAAUUUACUUCCCCAUUCGAACUCUGUACCUGUCGCUGAAGAUUGAGCAGCGGGAGCGCUACAAGGCCCAGGCCCAGGCGCAGGCGCGCGAGGCAGAAGGUGCAGCGAAUGCAGUGAAUGCCGCCAAUGCUGCAAAUGCAGCCAAUGCGGCCAAUGCCAAUCCAGCAGGCGCUGCAAAUGCAGCCGGCGGCCCGCAGCCGCAAGCCGCGCAAGGACCCUCAGAAGCUGGUCCCAUCAGGGCCACGCCGUCCAUGUGGAGGUGCUCCAGAAUCAUGCACAUGCAGAGGGACAUUCAUCCGACAAUCCUUUCGUCCCUGGAAGGUGUUGUGGACCAAAUGGUUUGGUUCCGAGAGAACUGGUACGAGGAAGUGCUCCGUCAGCUGAAGCAAGGGCUAGCAAAAUGUUACACCAUAGCUUUUGAUGAACGUGCUAAUGUCAGCAAGGCUAACAUAACUCCACAUACUGCUAAUUUUAUCCGCAAAAUUGUAUCUACCUUUGGUGUCGGCAUUGAAAAUAUAAAUAACAGCUCAGUGUCAGCGGCAUUUAGCUCUGCAGCUUCAGAGAGUCUUGCAAGAAGGGCUCAGCUUACCAUACAAGACCCAGUCUUUCAGCAUAUGAAGAGACAGUUCUCUGCUGAUUUAGAUUUUUCAGUUCCUGGUUCAAUGAAAUUACACAACCUGAUUGCUAAAUUGAAGAAGUGGAUCAAGGUGCUGGAGGCCAAAGUGAAAACUCUACCAAAGUCUUUCCUUAUUGAGGAAAAGUGUCGCUUCUUAAGCAACUUUAGUUUGCAGACAGCAGAAAUUGAACUCCCUGGGGAGUUCCUACUUCUGAAGCAUCCCCAUUACUAUGUCCGAAUCUCACGAUUCAUGCCUCGUGUUGAGAUUGUGCAGAAACAUAAUUCUGCUGCAAGACGCAUGUACAUCCGAGGCCACAACGGCAAAAUCUAUCCUUAUCUUGUAGUGAACGAUUCUGGUCUGGGCGAUGCCAGAAGGGAAGACCGUGUUUUGCAGGCUCUUCGGAUGCUGAACCAUUACCUUGGGAAGCAGAAGGAGACAGCACGGAGGUUCCUUUAUUUCACUGUUCCUCGAGUUGUAGCUGUUUCACCUCAGAUGAGGCUGGUGGAAGAUAACCCUUCGUCAAUAUCCCUACUUGACAUAUUGAAGCAAGGAUGUCAGAGUCUGGGUAUUGAGCAUGAAACUCCUAUCGCUCGUUACUAUGAAAGACUUGUGAACCUCCAGGCCCGUCAAGCACCUGUAAGCCAUGGUGUUUUGAGAGAAGUUCUGAAAGAAGCACAGAUAUCAGUUCCUCGGACUCUAGUUCGUGAUUGGGCCAGACGUACAUUCCCUACUGCCACAGAUUACUGGACAUUCCGCAAAAUGGUCGCGCUGCAGUUGGCUCUAAACUGUUUAGCCGAGUAUGUGUUACAUUUGACAAGGCUAAAUCCUGACAUGCUGUAUGUGCACCAAGAUUCUGGCUUCAUCAAUGUAUCCUAUUUCAAAUUCGAUCUCAAUGAACAAGGUGAACUCGAUUCAAACCGCCCGGUUCCAUUUAGACUCACUCCGAAUCUCAUGGAACUCCUUGGACCUGUGUGUGUGGCAGGCCCUCUGACAGCAAGUAUGAUAGCAACAGCUCGAUGCCUUGCUCAACCUAGUUUCAAGGUUCAAACAAUACUGCGUGCUGUCCUGAAGGACGAAAUGAUUGCUGGUCACAAGAAGAAGGAGGAUUCUGGAGCUGGUGAUCUAGCAAAUGCUGUAGCAACACUUGCUCAAACCCCUGCUGAUGUUGGUGGUGAGGUUGUUAUGGCACACGUUACUCGAGCUGUGGCAGCUAUCAGUCAAAAGCUUAAUAGUUUAGCCAAUUUUGACGGUGUAGAAAGCAAGGUCAGCACUUUGGUUGCUGCUGCAAAUAGCCAUGACAAUUUGUGUAGAAUGGACCCUGCAUGGCAUCCCUGGCUGUAGACGUAUUCACCACUCACUUUUUGUGGGUAACUUUGUGAUAAUAUAAUUGUUGUAUUUUAAAUGGUCAAGCUAUAGUCAAUUUGUUGUGCACCUGUACAUAUAUGUGUAUAUGUAAAUAGAUUUCUGUAUGAACUAUACUAUGUAUGAUGAAAUAUCAGCAGUAUUUAUGUAACAAUGAUUAUUUUUAGAUAGAGUUGGUAUUGCCACUGUAGGACCAAUAUUUUUAUGAUCUUCUUUUAAAAAUGACUGAAAAUGAAUUAUCCCUAGAAGAUAUUUUUCCUGUGUGAAUAAUAGGUUUUAGGAAUACUCUGGCACUUAAAAAUUUGUGUGUAGUGUACAAACUCUUGCUUUGUGUAAAAUGAUCUAAUCAUGUAUGUAAAUUAUCUCAAGUAAUUUAAAUAAAUGAUACUGGAAAGUACAAAUA